CAACGCUGUGAAUGCACAAACCAAAAUUCACGCGUCAAUCUACUCUCCCUCCCGACGUGUCAAUGUCCUCCACUCCUCGGCCGAGCUCCACGAAUGGCUCCAGCGAACCUCCUCCACAACGAGUGGAAUCAUCUAAUCCCGAAUUAGACGUUAAGAAGCUCCAAGCUCUACCUUCCGAACAACAAGACUUAUACCUUCUCACGUUUGUAUCGACUCUCACAAAACAUGUCGAAAGCUUGGAUGCAGAUGGCUGCACGGCGCAGCAAUUAUACCUAAAGAAAGAGCUUAUGCAGAUUCUCAAUCUGUCCGCCCUUCCACCGACGCGAGUGAUUCGAAACAAUCUGGGAAGGUGUUUUGCACAUAUACUUGGGAAGGGGGAUCGAAAAUUACUAUUUGAAACGGUCAAUGACCUGAUCAAUAUCAUAAGUAGUGGAAAGGCAAAGAGCGAGGGAGAUCUAAGGACCAAACAUGCAGCUGUCUUCUGCUUGGGAGAUGUCUACGAAGCUGCUGGAGACAGUGCUAUUGGUCUCCAUCCCCUGGCAUGCUCAGCAUUGUUGAAAUUGUUGAAGCCGGCUGGAAAUAGUGCUGGUCUACGAGCUGCGAUCUUCAAAUGCUUUGGCAAGAUUAGCGGAAUGAUUCAAGGGAGCAUGGAUGAUAGUACUGCUAGGGACAUCUGGAAGCAAGCAAGAAAUCAUGCCUCUGGCGACAAAUCCGCAUUGGUACAGAUCUCUUCGUGUCGGUGCUUGAAAGAACUCGUCAAGAAUACACCCUAUUUCGAUAAUUCCAGUGACUUUGACAGCCUAAAGUCGACAAUAUUCAAGACGAUCGACUCCCCGAGUCCCCUGGUUCGGCAGGCUGCAGGAGAAUGUCUGGCAGAGGCUUUGGUCAAGAAUCAUUCAGAGGAUCCCGUUCAGGACAACGAUAUACCCAAGAUCAAGAAGCCAAAGAGGACGAAUACCAAACGAAUGUCAAUGGCCCCUGGUGCUGACGAUGAUGAUGUUCCUCCUCGGCCAGAGAGUCCAGGACCGAAAAAGAGCCAAAUAUUGGUCUUCACUCUCCCAGAGAUGCUGAAACAAUUGUCAUCGUUUUAUGUCAAGAUGUCUACUAGUAAUCGAGCUAGGGCUGGCAUUGCAGUAUGUUACACCAGGAUCUUCAAGAGUCUGAGUGAGCGAAAUGUGGAGACGAUGUAUAUGAAAAUUGUUGAUCACCUAACGAUCGAUGUGUUAAGCAACUCAACUAUAACGUCCAACCGGUAUCGACUUUUGACGACUAGGAGAUUUGUUCAAAUCAUAUUAGAAGAUGUCAUUGGUCAAUCUAUCCUGGGCGAAUCUGGCCAGCUGGAUGCUGCCAAACGCUUGAUCAACGAUGUUCUGAAGAAUUAUCCACAAGUUAUCAAGGAACGAGCAGAACCUAGCAAGCAUGCUCUUAUUGCUGUGCUCAGUGCAUUAGCUUCAUUGAUCAGGAUAGUCGGGUCGGCUGCGACAGUGUUUGCAGAUUCUUGUCGAGACGCCCUACUUCAAGUCCUCCAGCAUCCAAGCUAUACGGUACAAAUAUACACAUCGUAUUGUCUACGGACAUUCAUGCUUGCUUGCCCUCAACAACUCUUGCCAUGUCUCACGAUAUGCAUGAAUAGCGUAAAUCGAGAGCUAAACCUACUCACUACUGGGAGAAAUUCUCCUCGUCGCUGCGUUGGGUUUGCAAAUGGGCUCUCAGCAAUGAUCAGUACAGCUCCGCUACAGCCUUUAUAUGGGUCUGUUGAUGUCAACAGUCGUGUUCUAUCUCUGGCCACCGGGUUGCUCAAAUCAAGUAGCAAGUCAGAAUUACGAAUAUCGAGUACUCAAAUUCAAGUAGCGUGGAUUUUGAUCGGUGGUCUCAUGUCUCUUGGCCCGAACUUUGUCAAGAUCCAUCUCUCCCAAUUACUCCUGCUGUGGAAGAAUGCACUUCCCAAGCCUUUGGCAAAGGACAACACUUCGCAAAGGUCAUAUCUCGAGUCUUCUUUUCUGACACAUGUAAGAGAAUGUGCCCUCGGAUCUAUCUUGGCAUUUCUCCAAUUCAACAGCAGACUCUUGACGGUAGAUGUGUCGAAACGAAUUGCAGCUAUGCUGCAGAACACUUCAGCCUUUUUGAAAAGUCUCCCGUCCAAGAAGACCAUGGAGGAUAUCACACAGCGAUUGACUCCCUCGCUACAAUUGCAGGACUUGGAUCUUAUGGUUCAGCGGCGAGUUCUUCAAUGCUACACAAAGCUCGUCAAUCUCAGUCCAGCUGGCGGUAGUGAAGCUUUGAUUCAGUCUAAUAUCCUCACUUUAGCCAUCUCCUUCUUCGCAGAUCCUGAUAAUUAUACGCCAAGUUCGCUGAGCACCUCCAUAGCAAAUUCAGCUGGAACCUUCGAAACCGUUUGGGACGUUAGCGAUAACUGUGGGUUCGGUGUUACUGGCCUGGUCCGCGGGUUCAAGGUGAAGCCAUUGCCAGGUCAACACGAGAAUGAUUCGCAUGAUGAUUGGAUGAAAGAGACAGAUCCAGACAAUGCAAUAGCUAACGUCUUGCUUUCUCCAAUCUGCAGCUCCUUAGAGCACGACUCGCUGUUUCUGUAUCUUGGGGACCCUGGCGACUCUGACCCCAUGCCUGAUCCGCCAGCUACAGAGGUUGUUAAUGUCGCAAUCAAGCUUUUCGCUAUCGCAUUCCCUCUGACUCCACCAAAGAUCCAAGAAAGCAUCCUUGAGCAAGUAGCAACGUUCUCCUCGGCUGGAUCUCUCCAGAGAGACCCUGGACGCAAGGCUGCUAUGAAUGUAAAUGUCGCCACAGCUCUCUUCUCCACCCUAAAGGUUGCCGUGAAGGAGACACAAUCGCCAGCUGGGGACCUAACGAAUGCUGCAGUGGAGAAGCUCAUGCAAGAGAUGAUACGCGCCUUUGUCAUUCAUCCGGAUCAGUAUAUCCGAAACAUAGGAUACGAAGCCAUCGCAAGGCUCUGCAAUAGUUCCGGAAACGCUUUCACAAACACGGAAAUCAAAUACCUCAUCGACACAAUUGUCGGCAAUAGAGAACCCAGCGCCAGAGCUGGCUGCGCAAUGGCACUCGGAAGCAUCCACGCGCAAGUCGGUAGUAUGGCUGCUGGAUUCCAUUUGAAGACUAUUCUAGGCAUUCUGAUGUCGCUCUGCAAUGAUCCACACCCGACUGUUCACUUCUGGGCCCUGGAAGCUCUAGCAGGGGUAGCGGACUCUGCCGGGCUGAAUUUUUCGGGAUAUGUAACAAGUACUCUUGGAAUGAUAGGACAGCUCUAUGUGGGUGAUACUCACAAUGAAGAUAUCUCAUCAGUCGCAACCUCGAAUCUGGAGUUAGAACUGUCAACGACUGCCGUCUUGGCAAGAUGCGUUGACUCACUAGUCAAUGUCCUCGGGCCUGAUCUUCAGGACAUGAGCAAGCCUAGAGAAUUAAUCCUAACCCUCGUCGGCCAAUUCCAAAGAGAGGACGACCCUCUGGUACUAGGUGGAAGUCUGAGAUGUCUUGAACAUCUAUCGCUGUACGCACCUGGACAUAUGCAUUUUGCAGAUUAUGUUGUUCUCCUUCAGAAGGACUUGAAUUCGGACUAUCCAGACCUUCGCGAUAUUGCAAUUGACGGCCUUCACAAUCUGAUGAAGCGUAAUUCUGAAGACGUGGUCCAAGCUGCUGAGUCUGGCUUUGAGGACCAGCUCUGGCUUGCGCUUGAUUCGGAUCCAAGCCAUGAUGGCAUAAGAAAUGUCAUAUUUAACUGGCUUAGACAGUCUUGCUUGAGUGAAACUGCCCGGUGGCUUCAAAGAUGUCAGACGGUACUUGCUAUGACGCGACCAAAGGCUGCCGAUACAUCUGCAGCUUCUGCCAAAGUGAGUGCUAUGCCGGACUUGCAAGAUGAGGAAGUAGCUGGAUUUGCCACAGCUUCUGGUGCUGCCAAGGACGACGGAGCUGCCGCUGCAGGAUCAGGCCAAGAACCUUUACGAUGGCAAGUCAGGACCUUUGCAAUGAGCUGUCUAGGAGAGAUAUUCGCGAUUAUCAGCAAAGCCACGCCUCCAGGUGCCGAUGGUUCGUCACCAGCCGAGAUGGCGUUGCAGAAGAAAGUCGCGGAUGUCAUUCGCAUGGCAUUUUCAGCGUCCACAUCUAAUGUUGUUGAGCUCAGAGUUUGGGGACUUAAGAUCAUUGACUUUGUGUUAAAGAUGUUUGGCAAGACUCCAGAUCCAGAUUUUGCAGAGGCACCCCUCCUCGAGCAGUACCAGGCACAGAUCAGCUCGGCUCUUACCCCAGCAUUCGCCGCAGACUCCUCUCCUGAGUUGGCAUCCGAGGCAGUGAAUGUCUGCGCGCAAUUUAUUGCCACAGGAAUCGUUACCGACGUCGACAAAAUGGGUCGUAUCUUGAAGACUCUCGUUACCGCGUUAGAGAAUUUCUCGACGGAAGCAGAAGUCCAGUCCAUUGGCGAUCUCAAAGGCCUUAGCUCGAAUGCUCAAGUCAUGGUGAAGAUGGCUAUCUUCUCUGCUUGGGCGGAGCUUCAAGUUGCCAGCACGGAACAACGGUACCUCGUCGAUGUUCUAAAACCAUAUAUUGGGACUUUAACUCCCCUUUGGUUAGCUUCGUUGCGAGAGUUUGCACGUCUCAGAUUCGAGCCUGAUAUAUCGAUGAGCCUUGGCCCUCCAUCAUUGUCUGGUAGCUUAGACAGCAUCUACUCUGCACUGAACAGGGAAACUUUGUUGAGGUUCUAUCAAGACUCGUGGCUGAAACUCGUCGAUGCCAUUGCAAGUCUUAUCGAACAAGAUAGCGAAUUCGUAUUUGAUGCUCUUGAUGGCAAAGAGACGGAUGGUCCCCAAACAAAUGGUCACUCGAAAGGAAAUGAUAUCAAUUAUCGAGAUGAGCCUGUCGCAUUCUUCUUUGUACUCUUCGGCAUUGCUUUCGAAGCACUUGUCGCUCGACCAGGAAGUGAUGCUUUAGCAUCGAAAGAGCAGACCCUGGGAAUCCUUCAAGCCUUGAAGAAGAUCCUUCAUCCCAGCGUGUCAGGUCAUGCGAUCUAUCGGGAAGCUAUAUUCUCUGAGACAAUGGACUUGCUUGAUCGACUUGUGCUUACAGAAGGUCUUGAUGUCCAGGGUGUAAUAGUCCAAAUUGCGCGUGGGCUGUGUAUUUCACAUCCAUCUGCGACAAAGGGACAGCAACCCGAAGACGGUGAUCUGUCUGAAGACAUUGAGCAACUCUUCGAACUCACCCGAAUUAUCGUCCUCGUGCUUGCUGGCCUUCUACCUAAUCUCACUGAAGCAAAACAACCAGCUCGCCAUCAAUUAACAGAUGAAGCUGUCUCUCUUGUGCGUGUAUCUUUGAAUGCCCUGGUUGAUGCAGCAGAGGUCUUUCCACCAAUCAUCAAGACUGAUCUUCACGCUUGCAUUAUCCAUAUAUUUGCUACAAUCCUCGGUACAGCGACAUGUCAAGCUGUGGUCGUUCCACAGUCACUCCCUAUCUUGAAGCGCUUCUUGACAAGCAUUUCUGGGUCAAAGAAGAGUACAUCCAAACCUGACUCGGACAUUGUUCAAAUACAAGGCUGCCUCAAGCGAUUUUUGUCUAUCUAUCUGAAUGCGCAAAAGCGUGAAACAGAAGCUUCCCUUCCUUGCGUAAAGAACACGCUCCUGGCGACCACAGUCCUUCUCACCAGCGGCAAGAAUCUCAUGUCUGCAAGCGAACCACUCGUUGGCCGUUUCUUGGAUGAGGUUAUUGACUGCCUGAGCGAUCGAAUGACUGCGAAGGUGGCUGCUGGCUGUAUUCGAACUCUGCUCUUACAGUCGCCCAAGACUUCUGCAGAUCAGAGCAUAGCUCGAUAUCUUCUACCUCGUCUUGUUACAUUUGCAACAAACACGAAAGCCGAGGACCCGGAGAAUGCUCGUGCAUUAGUCAUGCAUGCUCUGACCACUUUCGUUGCAACAUUACCCAGCGCCCAAAAGACAGCAGCAAUGUCGUUGCUAGUACCGAGUUUGCUGGCAAGGGCGAAUAGUGAGGGUGAAGCUGUUUAUAAGGAGACCAGUGCCCGUCUAUUAGACCUAGCAGGCAAUGACCAAGUAGCCUUCAGAGGGGUCGUUGGCAGCAUGACUGACAAACAGAAAGGAUUCAUGGAGAGUGUGAUUGUAGCAGGGCGACAGUCUCAAGGCACGAAAGUUCAAGAGGAUGACGGACAAGGACAAGAACCUACGAUUGCGCUUAGGAUGGACUUUGGCGCCUGAGGUUGAUACCACUAAAUUUUCUUAUAAGAUUGUCCGACCAGAUGCAGGACAUUAGAGGUUGACAAGAGUUUUUGAGGAGAGGUCCCAUGAUUAUACCCAGCAAUGAAUACAAGAUUCUAAGCGUUGAUUGCGUUCAAGGACUUGUCAUCAAGUAUCAUACCCUCUGCCUUGUGCUUAGUGAGCUCCGAGCCUCGAGCUCAAGUAAGAGCCUUGCAAUCCACGCGAACGUUCGGCCCAGUGCUGGACAAGCAAUCAACCAAAAUGUACUUCAUCCAUCCACCUUCACGAUCCAUAUUUAUACAGCCACUGAGAAUCUCUGUCAGAUCACGGCACAUCAUUUCCCCACGCAUGUCCAUUAAAUUCCUCGUUAUAACCAUGUCACGGAAGUUCAAGCUCCACUAAUUUGUUGUCCAUUUAGAGUUGAGCCAGGAACAGAAUGUUCUCGGGCCGUUAUAUAUUUCAUAGAUUAACG